AUGCUGCUUGGACAGACUGCCUACAGCCAGCAGCUCAGCUAUAAUGACAGUAUCCAAGCGUUGGCCUAUGGCAACAUUGCCACCUCUGUGGAAUCCAGCGGCAAUGUUUGGCUCAAUAUCACUGGUUUCGCCGAGAACGAACUCCCACACAUUCAGGUAGAUAUGGGGAUCCAUUCCCUGGACAACGCGCGCGAGCUGCAGGUAAUCGCGAAUCUGGCACAAAGUGCCGCAAGUCAGGCACUCUGA